CUGAGAGGCCCCGCCCCCAGCCCGCCCCCGGCCCAGGGUGCGAAUCCGGUGCGGGCGAGCGACUGGCGAUGCUGGAGGUUCGUGAGCCAAAGCGGCUGCAGCUGGCGCCGCGUCUGCCCCGCGUGCCCGGAGCGGAUUCUGCCCGCCGCCCACGGACCCCUCGGCGCCCUGCUGAGCCCGCGAUCCUUUCCUCCCUGUGACCAACCGGCGCUGCAGCUUAUUGCCUGGCAAUGCCGUUUGGGUGUGUGACUCUGGGUGACAAGAAGAACUAUAACCAGCCAUCGGAGGUAACCGACAGAUAUGACUUGGGACAAGUCAUCAAGACCGAGGAAUUCUGUGAGAUCUUCCGGGCCAAGGACAAGACGACGGGCAAGCUGCACACAUGCAAGAAGUUCCAGAAGCGGGAUGGCCGCAAGGUGCGGAAGGCAGCCAAGAACGAGAUAGGCAUCCUGAAGAUGGUGAAGCAUCCCAACAUCUUGCAGCUGGUGGAUGUGUUUGUGACCCGCAAGGAAUACUUCAUCUUCCUGGAGCUGGCCACGGGGAGGGAGGUGUUUGACUGGAUCCUGGACCAGGGCUACUACUCGGAACGAGACACGAGCAACGUGGUGCGGCAGGUCCUGGAGGCUGUGGCCUACUUGCACUCACUCAAGAUUGUGCACAGGAACCUCAAGCUGGAGAACCUGGUUUACUACAACCGGCUGAAGAACUCCAAGAUUGUCAUCAGCGACUUCCACCUGGCUAAGCUAGAGAAUGGCCUCAUCAAGGAGCCUUGUGGGACCCCCGAGUAUCUGGCCCCGGAGGUGGUAGGUCGGCAGCGGUAUGGACGCCCUGUGGACUGCUGGGCCAUUGGAGUCAUCAUGUACAUCCUGCUUUCAGGCAACCCGCCCUUCUAUGAGGAGGUAGAGGAAGACGACUACGAGAAUCAUGAUAAGAAUCUCUUCCGCAAGAUCCUGGCUGGUGACUAUGAGUUUGACUCUCCAUACUGGGAUGAUAUUUCGCAGGCAGCCAAAGACCUUGUCACAAGGCUGAUGGAGGUAGAGCAAGACCAGCGGAUCACUGCGGAAGAGGCCAUCUCCCAUGAGUGGAUUUCUGGCAAUGCUGCCUCUGACAAGAACAUCAAGGAUGGUGUCUGUGCCCAGAUUGAAAAGAACUUUGCCAGGGCCAAGUGGAAGAAAGCUGUCCGAGUGACCACCCUCAUGAAACGGCUCCGGGCGCCAGAGCAGUCCGGUGCAGCUGCAGCACAGUCUGCCUCAGCCACAGACACGGCUACCCCUGGGGCUACAGGUGGGGCCGCAGCUGCGAGUGGAGCUGCCCCAGCCCCUGGGAGCAGUGCCACCCCAGCCACGGAGGGUGAUGCUGCAUGUGCCGCAAAGAGUGAUAAUGUGGCCUCCGCAGACCGUAGUGCCACCCCGGCUACAGACGGCAGUGUCACCCCAGCCACUGACGGCAGUGUCACUCCAGCCACCGAUGGGAGCAUCACCCCGGCCACCGAUGGCAGUGUCACCCCAGCCACUGACAGGAGCGCUACUCCAGCCACUGAUGGGAGAGCCACGCCAGCCACAGAAGAGGGCACUGUGCCCGCCACCCAAAGCAGUGCCACGCCAGCUACCAAGGCAGCUGCCACCCCUGAGCCGGCUAUGGCCCAGCCGGACAGCACAGCCCUAGAGGGCGCCACAGGCCAGGCUCCACCCUCUAGUAAAGGGGAAGAGGCUGCUGGCUCUGUCCAGGAGUCUCGGAGGGAGACCAGCUGAGUGGGCAGCCUGGUGGGGGGGUCAGGGGACGGGCAAGAGGGUGGGCAAGAGAUGAGGGGAUUCUCAUGUACAUAGAGUCACUGGCAUGAAGCCCUCACUUCCCCACGCCCCCUGCAUCCCAGUGGGGCGUACCUGGGGGUCACGGGAGAGUAGUCUCGUCUCCUGUGUAUACGUGUGUAUGUGAGUGGUGGGCAGGCCAGAGGCAGGGCCAGCCCCAGCCCUUGCAUGGAUUUCUCGUGGCUUUUUCUGUCUUUUGCUAGCUUUACCAGUUUCUGUUCCUUGUGGGACACUGUUCUAGGGAUACUCAGGGGGGUCCCCGCUCUCCUUCCCCUUUCUUUCUGGCCUCACCAUUCCCCCAGGCAGGCCCUGCAGGUCCCAUACUCUCCCAGGCCCUAAACUUGGUGGCCUUGCCCUGAGAGCUGGUCCUCCAGCGAGGCCCUGUCAGUGGCCUCAGGCUCCUGCGCAUGAGGAUGUGCGCCUUAGUGUGUGGGCUGCUCUAGGAGUGGACACAGGCUGGCAGAGAGGGUGCAGAAACCUAGGGCAGCAUGCUUUAAGUCAAGACCGGUCACAUGGCUGGGGGCACUGCUCAUUAGCUACGGGGUUCCUAAGAGUUGGAAGAAAACAGUAGGAGGGUAGAAGUUUCCAUCUUUGCCCGUGGGAAGUCCCUCCUAAGACCCUUGCGUUAUUUGCCCUUCUGAGCCCUAAAGUGGGUUGCCCUGGACCCUGAACUUCCUGAGCCUCUAAGAGAAAGGAGGAGCAAUGAGGGUGUGGCAACGAGACCUGGGAGAGAGAGUAUAGGCCCAGCCCUCAGUGUCCCAGCCUAGCUGGGUCCUUACCCUGGGCCACACAAGGAGAGCUGUUAUACCCUUGCUCGUCCUAGAUGCCAGCCCCCACGGGCUCAGCCGACAAGUCCCCUCUGUCCCAGGGGGCCUACUGCAUGGCAGUACCUUGGGGGGUUGCUAUUCACAGAGGCAGAUUAUUUUGUUUUGUUUUGUUUUCAGUUCAACAAAAUGGAGAGGAACCUUCUCUAUUUCUAUGGCUUCUAUCAGAGGCCCAGGUGCCUCUGAGCCAUGUUGAGUUGCUUUUGCUGGGAUGAGGAAGUAGAAUAAGACUCCCCAGUUCCCUGAGGGAGGUUCCCGACAGGUGCCCUUUGUCAGACCCCACCACAACCUGGACAGGCAGCCAUACUGGUCCUUGCCCUUGCUCGGCACUUGUGGUGGUCCUGCCCUUCUCCCUGCAUGCCCGUGGGUCUGCUCUGGUAUGUGAAGGUUGGUGGGCUGUGUGCCUGCUGAACCUGGCAAAUAAACGUCACCCUGCAAAGCC